CCCCACGCUUCGUUUGAGAUCAUCGUUUUGUUUCACUGCGAAGCGUGGGGAAUUUUGUAGAUCUUCUUCCUUCAGUCCGAACUAAGUCACAUUGUGUUGAAGCCACCGAAGCCGCAACGAAAUGACCUUCUAUUCGCGAUGUUUUAUCUCUAUUGCAAUGGUGGCAGUCGCUGUCGCCUGCAAUGUUCCCAUCAAACAUUAUAAAACUAUGAACUGUACCCCAAUCGGUGAGAAUAAGUUCGGUUGUCCAACAAGAUACGAUUGUCCAAGUGUUACUCAGCACGAUAAUUCCAAAUGUUAUUUCAAUGGAAAUACCUACGCACUAAGUGAGCAGAUUCCAAGCGAAAAAGUGAAUCCCUUCUGUUCUGCUUUGUGCUAUUGUCGCAGCGGAACACCAUUUGCCCAAUUUCGUUGUGCACACGUGGAUUGUGCCGAGUUUUUCCAGCGCUUUGAUUAUGAUAAUUGCGUUCGCACCUACAAACCCAACAGCUGCUGUUCGGCAGGUCAACUAUGUGGCGAAGCGAAACUUAAGGCAUCAAAAUGCUCUCUCGACGGUGAACAGUAUCUGGAGGGACAGCGGAUGCAUCCCGCUGGGAACAAGUGUCUAACCUGCAUUUGUCACAGCAAAUUCAACGAAGUGAACAUGAAAACCGAUCCAAAUUGCUACGAAACGACUUGUGGUUUUGAACUGUUCUACGCCAAGCAGGCAUACAAUGGCGGAGCUCCGGUGUAUUACGGCGAUAAUUGCUGCCCAUGGGAAUGGCGCAUGCCUAAUGAUUCAGACAAACUGGUUGAGGGUACACCGGGAAAAGUCACAAGUGACCCCAAUUUGCAAUGUAAAUAUGGAAAAUUGACGAUGAACAUCGGUGAUUCUCUGGCGCCCGAAAUUGUGGAUAAGUAUACGUAUAAGUGCUCCUGUUUGAUUCCACCGAUGGCACAGUGCGUUAAAACGAUGAACGAGAAGGAAUAAAUCGCAUCGCGCUCAAUUUUCAAUUGUUGUUUCCGAACACAGGAAAACAGAACUCAAAAUACAUUAAAACUGAAUAAAUAAAUAUCGAACGAACUA